AUGCAAGUUGGUGGGACUGAUUUGGACCAGCCUUCUUCGACUAUGGCCAUUGAUGAAGAAUCUCCCCUUGUUGAAGAAAACCCACAGCCCCUCAACCACACAAGGGAUGUUCAUAUCCUCUGCUGGGCUUUUCUCCUUAUUUUCCUGGCUUAUGGUGCUGUUCAGAAUUUGGAAAGCACGAUUAACACUGAAGGAGAUUUGGGAACUAUAUCACUGGGGAUACUGUAUGUAUCGUUUGCGUGUUUUUCAAUUUUUGCUUCAGUAGUGGUGAGGAAGCUGGGAUCCAAGAAUGCGCUGGUUCUGGGUACUACUGGUUAUUGGCUAUUUACAGCAGCCAAUUUGAAGCCCUCUUGGUAUACCAUGGUGCCAUCCUCUUUAUAUAUGGGAUUUGCCGCCUCAAUAAUAUGGGUUGGCGAGGGUACAUAUCUCACAUCUGCUGCUCACAGCCAUGCAAAUGAUUACAACUUACUUGAAGGAACCGUAAUUGGGAAAUUUAAUGGACAGUUUUGGGGAAUGUUUGCUCUCCACCAGUUUCUUGGCAACCUCAUCACUCUUGCCAUGGUACGAGAUGAAAAGGGAGGAGGUACUGGCGGCACAACCUUUCUUUACAUUGUGUUUCUAUGUAGCAUGACUUUAGGUAUAAUCCUUAUGUGCUUCUUGAGGAAAAGAAAUGGUAAAGAAGAAAGGCUGCAAGAUAAGUCCUCAGUUACAUCUGUGGGUUAUUUGUUAAAGUCUAUCUUGAAACUAUUGCUCGACAAACGGAUCCUUUUGGUAAUUCCGCUUAUGGCAUACUCGGGAUUACAACAAGCAUUUGUGUGGGCUGAAUACACUAAAGAAAUUGUGAAGCCAACACUUGGGGAGCGGGGGGUUGGUGGUGCAAUGGCUGUUUAUGGACUUUUUGAUGCUAUCAGUUCGCUAGCUUCCGGCCGGCUUACUUCCGGCUUCUCGUCAAUCACGAUAAUAGUCACAGGCGGAGCUUUCAUCCAAAUCAUUGUACUGCUUUGGAUUCUGGUAAAGUACAGUGUGAGUAGCGGACUACUCGGUACUUUGGUCCCACUUCUGAUUGGUGCAUUAUGGGGCAUUGGUAAUGGAGUUCUCAACACACAGCUGAGUGCAUUGCUAGGGAUUCUAUUUAAACAUGAUCUGGAAGGAGCAUUUGCACAGCUCAAGCUGUGGCAAAGGAUGCACGAUCCCUAG